CGGGAAGCCAGCCAAUGCCUAGGGGCGACACUUAGGUGUAGCCUCUGCUGUCGGAUUCGUCUCAGCAAGACGUCAUCCCUCUGAAGGAGGAGGGGCAGGCACGUCUACAAAUAUGGUCGAGCCCCUCCUGCGGUACAACCAGCUUCGCCAUCUCUGCUUGCAACUUUGCGACAUCACUUUACGAAUACACUCUAGACCGCAGUAUACACUUCGCAACCUCAACAUGGACAAGGACCAGCAGAAGAAGAACGAGGGCGAGAAGGAGUUCAAGGUCCAGCCCAUCAAGGAGACCGGCGUGGACCCCAAGUUUGCUCCGUUCAACGCGCAUCCGGGCCCGGCACGAACGCAAGAGCUGCCCCAGCAAGAGGGUACUAAGGAGGACCGAGAGGCGAGAAAGGCUGCUCUGAACAAGUGAGCUGUUGCUCGCCUGGUCGGGUGGCCGUGAUGUAUGACUACUGCGCUGUCUAUUGGAAGCGUCUAUUGCGGGAGGAGACAUAGUGACGUGACCCUGAUACGAAAUAAAUACACGAGAUUGAUCAUAAUUGCACCG